AUGACCAAGCGGCCAGCCGAGGAUGGGCUGCCCGAGGGAUGGGUCCUGCAGCACUCCAAGUCCAAGAACAAGCCGUUCUAUGUCCAUGUAGCUACGCAAAAGACCCAGUGGACCGCGCCGACGCUGGCCAAGCCUCCGAAGCUGGCCAAGUCAUCCAAGGAAGCCAAGGUGGAUCCAUUCGCGCUCGUGCCACCGGCGACGGUGGCCGCUGUCACACGUGCGUUCCGCGUCGGCGCCGCGCAGAAGCAGCGCAACGGAAGCAUGGCGAUCUUCCAGCCGUGGCUGCACCAAGUCCGCGCGGUCGCCAAGCUCGUACACGCCGUGUCGACGUCGACAGACCCAGGUGCCAACUACUUGAUCCAGCACAGCACCGGCUCGGGCAAGUCGGUCACGCUGGCGUGCUUGGCGUACCAGCUCCUCUACACCUCGGAUGCGUCGGGACAUGGGUUUCACACCAUCAUUAUCCUCGUCGAUCGCAUCAAGCUCGACCAGCAGCUUGGCGACACGGUCGAAGCCUUCUUGCACCAAAAUGGCAUGGAAGCCAUCUACCGCGCCGAGAGCAUCGAGCACCUCAGCGCGAUUGUGCGCAAGUCGGACGACCAAAAGGUCAUUGUGACCACAACCCACAAGCUCAGCCAGCUCGUCAACGACAAGGUGCUUCUGGCCCGGCUCUUGCAUGCAUCAACCGCAAGCAGCAGCGCCACGUACAAGCACCUCGCGAUCCUCGCCGACGAAGCCCACCGGUCGCACACCUCGUCGACGCGCGUCUCGAUCGACACGGUGCUCCAAGCACUCUCCACCGAUGCGUGCAAGACCAUGUAUGUGGGCUUUUCGGCGACACCGAGUGUCCAGGCGCUCGAGCUCUUUGGCUGCGGGGUGGACCCGCGUGCGCCGUUCGAUACGCACUCGCUCACGGACGCGAUCGCCCACAAGCACAUUGUGGACGUGCUGUCGCAGACGACGUUUCUGCAAAGCCGACGCGGGUCGCCGUCGAUCCUCGCCAAAGUCAAGUCGAUGAUGCAGCACUUUGUACGGCUCAAGACCAAGGCCGUCUUUGGCAAGUGUCUGGUGGUCGUGCGCAGCCGCAAGGACGUGGUCGCGUACCACGCUGCGAUCCAGUCGUACAUGACGGCGCAGGGAUGGCCGACCCAAGUCUAUAGUACCUUCAGUGCAUUUGACGGCCUCAGCGAGAAGCAGCUCAACACAACGUGCACCCUCUCGCUGGCCGACGUCAUCGUCGUCUGCGACAAGCUCGACACGGGCUACAACGAGCCGGCAUUGAUCGCCAUGUACAUUGACCGCCCGCUCUCGCGCCAUGCACAUAUUGUGCAGCUGCUCAGCCGUUUGAACCGUGCGCGCGACGGAAAGGAUCGCGUCCACGUCGUCGACUAUUGCAACCAUCCGCUGACGAUUCGGGCCGCGUUUGCCGCCUAUGCCCACGCCAAGGUGCUCUACACGCGCAAGACGGACCGCCGACACUGGCGCCGCAGCUACGAGAUGGCCCGACUCUUGCUUCUCGAGACGCUGCCGGGCUACCUCUUUCAAGGCACUGCGUACCUGGGGCAGGCGGCACCUCCGACACCAUCGCAAGUGGCUGCUCGCGUCGCCACGUUGGAUGCGGAUGUGACAAGUCAGAUCCGAUGUGGUCUCAAAACGUAUGCGGAAGCGUCCCAAGCGCUGGGAACCGAGUGUCCGCUGCUGCCCAUGACGUGGGUGGAGGCGCUCAAGGCCGAGCUGGAUCGCCUUGGAAAAGACAAGGCAGAAUCGGAAGACGACAGCACUGAGCCUGGCAGCGACGAGACGACAUUCGACGUCAUGUACGACGGUCCGUUGCCGUUUGAUUCGGAGACACUGCGUGGGCGGUACGGCUACCUCCAUGCGCUCCUCUCAGGCGACACGAAAGCAGCGUGCCAGGAGGUCCGUGAGUCACCCAAAGAUGCGCUCGACAAGAGAAUCGCCUCAGUGCGCGCGGCUAUGCAGAAGGGUGCGCCGUAAAGCUUUAAAGCAACCUCCUUUG